AUGAUUUUUGGACCCUCAAAUCCAGCUCAAAAAAUUGCCAAAAAAUUUGUGAAAAUUUGCGAUGAUUUUAAUGAGGAAUUUUGUGUGAGUUUAAUAUGAGCAAUUCCCAAAAUAUAGUCUAGUUUGAGCUCAAAAUGAAGCCCUUAAUCUGAGCAAUCCUAGGCUCAUUUUUAACCUGAGCAAUUCCCAAAAUAUAGUCUUGUUUGAGGUCAAAUUGAAGCUCUUAACCUGAGCAAUCCUAGGCUCAUUUUUAACCUGAGCAAUUCCCAAAAUAUAGUCUUGUUUGAGGUCAAAUUGAAGCUCUUAACCUGAGCAAUCCUAGGCUCAUUUUCAACCCGAGCAAUUUCCAAAAUAUAGUCUAGUUUGGGCUUAAAAUGAAGCCCUUAACCUGAGCAAUCCUGGGCUCUUUUUUAAUCUGAGCAAUGUCAUUUCGCACACCCACUUCUCGUCAAUUUCCUCCUGAUUGCUCAUCUCAAGUAUCAAAAUCCAUCCUAUAUUGGCAUAAGCCUAAUCCAAAUAUUAGUCAAGGAUAAUAUAAUAAUUAGCUGGAGUACAUAAACACAUAUUAUUAUUAGUAGAGUAUUUUGGGGUGGAAGUGACAUAUAAAAACAGGUGGGUACACAAAUGACUCGAAUUUCUGACGCCUAAUUGGCGUAAAUAUUUGGAUAGGAUAGAAAAACAUGGAGAGAGAGGCUUAUGGGGUUUUUUUCACGUGGAAUUUCACGUGAAAAAAUCCACGUGUAGUUUUCACGUGGUCUAGUUUUCCACGUUUUUCACGUGACCUAGUUUUUUUUUAAAUUUUCACGUGAAUCAGUUUUUUACGUAAAAUUUUUAACGUUAAUUUUAACGCCGAUUUUUAAUUAAAAAUUUUUAACGAUCAUUUUCACAUGACCCAGUUCUUACGUCAAUUUUUUUCAACGUUAAACCGUUUAACGCUUAUUUUUACGUUAAACUGCUUAACGUUAAUUUUAGCGCCGAUUUUUAAUUAAAAAUUUUUAACGAUCAUUUUCACGUGACCCCAGUUUUAGGCGUGUAAAAAACCACGUGUAAAUUGCACGUUAAAUUUUUAGCGCUUAACUUUUAAAGCUUAUUUUUACGUCAAUUUUUUCAACGUUAAACUGUUUAACGUUAAUUUAGGAUCCCUUUUUUAACGUCAAUUUCUUAACGUUAAAUUUUAGCGCUAAUUUAACUUAGCCUAACUUCACCUCCCCCCCACUACAGUAAUCCUCUUCCCCCUUCUCUUCCCCAUUUCUUGGCCAGCUGCCAACACAACCUAACAAGCAUGGGAAAAUGGGCGGGGCUUGGACGAAAAAAAGGGGCGUGGCCUCAAGAAUUACGCGCGAAAAGCUGGCUUCCAUCAUUCACACCAAACAAACACCCUAACAACCACACCGUUUCUAUUUUUCUCCUAAAUCUCCGAUUUUUCGUCAUGAUUGUAAGUUUUUAAAUUUAUUUAUUAAGGUACUUAGGGUAACUUAACGUAUUUAAAAAAUUCUUAAAGCAGUUAGGGUAACUCGGGUUUCCUAAGAACCUUUCUAAUUAAUUAAUUAAGGUACCUAAAGCCCUUAAGAACCUAAUUUUUUUGCAGAUGUUCGCCAUGUCUCCAAGUUGUUCUUUCACCUCGGACCCCCAAUUCUUCACGCAACAUCCAUUUUUCUCUUCCGCUUCCGCUUCCGCUUCCGCAAAACCCUUGGACGAUUCCGGAUUUUUCGACGACGCGGAAAUCGAUCAAUACUACGCGGAAGUUUUGCGUGCGGAAAGUUUGCAUGUCGCAAAAUCGAUCGGCACGCGGCUCACCAAAAUGUGCGAUGAUUUUGAUGCGGAAUUUAUGGUGAGUUUAAGUUUAACAUGAGCAAUGCUCAAAAAUUCACUAUUUUUGGCUCAAAAUGAAGCUCCUAACAUGAGCAAUAAGAUCGUUUCUAGAAGAUUGCUCAGAUUAUAAUUUUUUUUUUUGCAGAAUCCCACACCAAUUCGCCACAAACUCUCCUGGAUCGACUCAUUUUUGCAACUUAUUUUUGCACCCUAA